AUGGAAACUCCAGGAAACGGACGUUCGCUUAUAGAUCCGAACUAUUCCUCCGUAACAUUUUUUGAUAAUUCAAAACCCCGGGAGGAACGCAAUUUCAAAGAAAUAUAUCCCGAUCUCGAGGAAUCAAAUCAAUUGAAAGUAUUUGUACUUGAUAAUCAAAAUGAUCAAAAUAAUGAAGUACAUGAUGAAAGAGCGGCAAUAAAUAACCUAGACUUGAAAAAACCUUCAUUUCGAGUAACUUCCAAGUCUGAUGACGGAGAUCAAAAUAUCAAAUUCAGUAAAAUUGUCACGGACUAUGGGUUUCAAGAACCUAAUAGAGCUAGUCAUAAGGUCCCAUCGUCAACUUACAUACGGCCGUUCUCGUUGAAUGAAAAUGAAAAAAUAGAAGAUAUGAUUAUAAAGAAAAAAAAUCAGGUUGAAUAUGAUAUGGAUGAACAGGACAACUUAUAUUUACAGCAUAGAAACGAUCAGACCAAAAAUACGAUCAAGUUGACUCCAGAGGUGUUUGAGAUCUUAAUCACAAUCCUUGAGAAUGAAUGGGAUAGUUUGGAGAUACAAAUGUCGUCCAUUUCUUCCACCGAAGAUGAGAAUAAUAGGCUAUUAACUUUAGACGAAGGGUUGGAUAAUAACAAAUACGGUAACGAUGAUGGGAUUGUGGUAGGGUCUGUGGUAGAACAGAAUUGUGCGGUCUGCAACGACAGUGACUGUGAUAACUCUAACGCUAUAGUAUUUUGCGAUGGUUGUGAUAUUGCGGUGCAUCAAGAAUGUUAUGGUAUUGCAUUCAUCCCUGAAGGUCAAUGGUUGUGUCGUAAAUGUAUGAUCAACAAAAACAGAGAGAUAGAUUGCGUAUUCUGUCCCAGUAAAACAGGGGCUUUUAAGCAAUUGGAUAAUAGUUUAUGGAGUCAUGUCAUUUGCGCAUUAUGGAUUAACGAAUUGUACUUUGCUAACCCCAUCUACAUGGAACCAAUUGAAGGGGUUGACUUAAUUCCAAAAAGCAGGUGGAAAUUGACAUGUUAUAUAUGUAAGCAAAAGGUUGGAGCUUGUAUUCAGUGUUGUAAUAGAAGUUGCUUCCAGGCUUAUCAUGUAACAUGUGCAAAAAGGGCGGGUCUCUAUAUGAAUUUAACGAAAGGUAUACAAGGUGCUAUAAAUAACAAAACCACUUUAAAAUCAUUUUGUGACAAGCACUCUCCAUCAGAUUGGGAUCAAUAUGAAUGCAUCAAAGGCAUCAAUAAAACAAGGUUGUUCUAUAGAGAUAUUACCAUAUUGAACGACCAGAAUGCAAGGUUGACGAAAAAUCAGAAGAAAGCCAAUAAAUUAAACAUAUUCAAAUGGAAAACAGAAAACAAUACACCGAUCCCUCCUAAACUUCUCAGCGAUAGACUAUUUGCUACAUUAAUCAGCUUGAAGGUUGAUAGUCAGCCAAGCAUUGCUCAGCUGGCCAAAGUAGCCAUGUUGAAGGAUCUUGGCUACAAGCCCAAUAGAAGCCGAGAGCAAAUAUUACAAGAAAUCCGAGACAUGAGCAACGAAAUCUGUCGCUACUGGUGCUUGAAAAGGGAAUCAAAGAAAGGAGCCACCUUAAUCAGAAAAAAUAAUAACAUGAUCGCCACGUCUUCUAUCGUCUACGGUAAUAGCAAUUACGAAGAAAUCAACAAUAAGAUCGAAGUCGCCAAUAUCCUCAUGAGUGAUCUUGAUAAGGUUAUUGGACUUACGUCCAGCAACCUCUCACGACAAGAGAUGAGUAAGCAGGCUUCCGAUUUGGACAUUGUCAUGGUUGACACCGUUUACUUCCCCAUAAAACGCCUUCUCGACGUCCAGUUCUCGAAGCUCGACAAGCUCGACGCCAAUCACCUCUUGAUCAACUACCGAUCAAAAGCAGGUGCCCAUUUGACCUGGAGCCAAAUCAAACACAACAUUGACACCUACGAGUACACCUCAAUCGAGCAAUUUAAUACUGAUGUCUCCGACUUCUAUCACAUGGUAAUCAGAGAAAACAAAUCCACGAAUAAUAUUAUCCGCGUAAUGAAGCGAAUCUACAAAGGCCACCGCAACUCGUUGCCUCAUCUCGCUGAAAUUGAAAAGGCAAUGCAGAACGACUACAACAACGGCACCCUUAAAGUUCCGUUUGUCGAAGUUAAUGGCUCCACCCUAAAGUUCUCCGAUUACGAUCCAAAACAAGUCAUCGACCUUAACGACCUCAGUGAGGUCGAAGAAGCCUCGGAAAACGAUAAUGUUUUGUUACAUAAUUUUAUUACCGGCAACUAG